AUGGAGGAGCCCUCGAGAUCCCUCAUGAGGAAGGGCUGCAAACCCAGACCAGGGAGCUGCAAGGAGGAAAGACCCUCCCUGAGCCAGGAAGGUGGCCGGAGAUCCAGGCAGAGCUCAGAGCUGGUGGAGAAGCCUCCUGGAGGGGAGAAGCCCCACAAGUGCUUGGAAUGUGGUAAGGGUUUCAGGUACAGCUCCUGGCUGAUCCAGCACGUGAGGAUCCGCACUGGGGAAAAGCCCUAUGAGUGUGGGAAAUGUGGGAAGUGUUUCAGGACAACAUCUGAUCUGAUGGUGCACCAGGUGAUCCAUACAGGAGAACGGCCCUACACCUGCUUGGAAUGUGGGAAGAGUUUUGGGCAGAGCUCCAACCUGAGAAAACACCAGCACAUCCACACCAGGGAGAGGCCCUAUGAGUGUCCUGAGUGUGGGAAGAGCUUCUCACAGAGCUCUGCCUUGACCCAGCACCAACGGAGGCACCAUUAA